GUUUAUUUGCCAAAGACCCUCAGCUCAUCACUCUUCCCCAUGGCUCCAUGGGCACAGAUCUCCUUGGACCAUUGCAAGUAGCUGGUUCCUUUUCAUUCUCCAUUCUAAGGGCUCUUUCCCUCCUCCACCUUUCCAGGCUGUCACAGUGGCCCAGUCUGUCACUUCAAAUGACUAUUCGAUUCUGAACACUCGAACGAAACUACUCUUGUCCAGGCAUCCCCUGCGAAAACCCUGCCCCUUUUACUUUACCUGCAACCCAGCAGUGUUUGAAUUAACUGUAUCACGGACACCAUUAUCUCUUGAGGCCAUUCUCUAGCAGGUCAAUCUCCUGGCUUUGUCAACAUCGCUUCUCUUACAGGUCUGCGCGUAUGGCUGUUGCGUUACAUAUUGGUUGCCAUUGUUGAAUUGUUCUCUUAUUCACGUUAUUUGUGACUGAAUAAUAUCCAGUGGCUGGGGGCCUCUGUUAUUAGUCAUGGCCUCCAUAACUGCCUCAUCACAAGCAUCCAGCCCCCCAACAGGAGCGUUACCGCCUCUGCCGGCUCAGAGGCCGAGAACAAGCCUACCGAUCCCGCCAGAUGUAACCAGGGCCCCAUCUCCGUCCCCAAAGCGGCCUGUACCUUCCACUCCAAGACCGUCGCUCAUCAAAUCUUCUCUGACCAACUCUGCUUCCAAGAUCUCGACACUAAGGUCAGUAUCAAGUGGACAAGCUCCGAACAUCUCGGACAAAUCCGUGCGUAGAACCAUCAGCAUCUCAGCCUUUCCUCAACCACCAAAAGCAGGAAGCGGGCUGUCUCCUGCACCUUCCGUCUCAGGAAUCCCAUUUUCCAGGCAUGCUUCGCCUGAUCCUGCAAAGAGCGCCGGUUCGUCAACCAGUGCGAGAAUAAAGAUGGGUUCCAGACGGAGCGCCGGAACUAGCAGCCUUCGCAGUCAAAAAACUUCUUCUUUACUUAAUGGUAGCGGAGAUGGGAAGUCAAUCCCUCCUGUCAGCACCCGAAACUCGGAAGGUCAAUUUAGCAUUCCGUCUCCUCCUCAGAGCAGAAGCUCCUCUGCCCAGGGAUCUUAUUCAACCAGUGCAACAACGUUUGAAGAUGCAGAAGAUACCACUGUUGUUUCCAGGACGGGCUCUAAGGCCAAGGAAGCUAAGGGAAAUGUGAUUGUCAGUGUCCGUGUCCGACCAGAUUUCAAUGGGGGUGAGACUCCAAGAACCGACAACGAAUGGACAGUGGAUGCAAGAAGAAGUCUAAUUUCCUUCAGAGGGAAGGAAGGUGGUGGCGAUUACUACUAUGAUAAUGUGUUUGCGGCCCAUGACCAUAAUGCUAAAGUGUACGACGCUGCAGCGAAGCGCCUUGUUCGGAGGGUCAUGGAAGGGUACCACGGUACGGUCUUUGCUUAUGGCAUGACUGGGACUGGUAAAACCUUCUCUAUGCAGGGAACAGCUACCUCUCCAGGAGUGAUACCGCUCGCAAUAACAGAUAUUUUCUCCUUCAUCAGGGAAACACCUCAAAGAGAAUUCCUACUGCGUGUCAGUUAUCUGGAAAUCUACAACGAGAAAAUCCAUGAUCUGCUUUCAACACCGGUGGCAAACGGAGUUGUCCCCCCUCAACAAGAGGAGAUCAAGUUACGAGAAGAUGCUAAGCGAGGGGUGUAUGCUACGCCCUUAAAGGAAGAGAUUGUGCAAAGCCCAACCCAACUCCUUCGGGUAAUAGCAAGGGGUGACCAUGCCAGGAGAACUGCCACUACUCAGUUCAAUUCCCGCAGUUCCCGGAGCCAUGCGGUUGUUCAAAUUGUUGUUGAAAGCAGAGAGCGGGUACCCGCUUCUAACCAUUCUCAGGAAAAGCGAUCAGCCAUAGUCCCAGGUGGAGUAAGGGUCUCGACUCUUAGCUUAAUCGAUCUCGCUGGGUCUGAGCGGGCCGCUGAUGACAAGGAAAGACGCGCAGAAGGCGCCCAUAUUAAUAAGAGCCUCCUCACGCUCGGUACCAUCAUAUCCAGACUCUCGGAAAAUAAGGACAAGAACGGCAAUCCGACUGAUAGGGAGGGGAAGCAUCUCCCUUAUCGGGAUAGUAAACUGACAAGGUUGUUACAGCCGGCCUUGUCAGGUAAUUCACUCGUCAGCAUUCUUUGCACCAUCCAACUCGGUGCUGCCAGCACCCCACCCACAGCAAGCUCUCAACCGGGAGAAACCCUUAAUACAUUGAAAUUCGCUGCUCGAGCUAAAAACAACAUUGUUAGCCAUGCCAAAAGGGCAGAAGAAGCGCAUGGUAGCGGGGCUGGUGAUGCAGGCAGUCGGGUCCUCUUGGAACGCUAUCGGAUGGAGAUUCAAUCUCUUCGCAGCCAACUUGAGAGCCACGCUAAGGCCCAGGCUGAGAAGGAAUUGAAGUUGGAGGACCAACAAUUUGAAAGAGAGUCGCAAAUCCGUCACGAGGAACAAAUGCUGGAGAUGCAACUAGCUAGGACAGCUCUAAAGGAACGAAUUGAGCAUCUAAAUCGUCUUAUUCUUUGUUCGAAGUCUACCGGUGUAAACAGCCAUGGCAGUCUUUCUGCGCUUGACCGGUUCUCCAGAUUGUCUGGGGGCGCCAUCGAAUCGGGGUCUAGAUCCCUGCGUUCGUCAGCUAGCCAUUCGACCUUGGGUGCGGGUGGUCAUUCGUCCAUUCGACCAAUUUCCUUCAUCUCGACCAACAGCAGCGAUCUUUCAACAGCAGUGCCUUAUGCAGGUGGGUCGCUUGCGAAUGAUGAAGAAGAGGAUGCGAUAGGUGAAUUUGCGGAUGGCAAAGCUAGCCUUCAAAGGCAAGUUGCAGCCCUGCAGGCUGACCUCAGUGAUAAGAACCGCUACAUCUCUACUUUGGAAAGGCGACUUCUACAGGCUAGGCGUUCAAGUCAUUCACGCAUGUCAAUUGGAAUCAAGACUGGAAAUGCUGCACUCGACAGUUCAGACAUGGCGGCAUUGCUUCGUGAGAAAGACAUGGAGAUCAACGAACUUCGCCUACAGCUUGACGAUAAGGACCGGAUGCUUGCUGCUCUACGCUCUGCUUCUAGGCAUCGAGAUUUGGCCCGUGCGACAUCAGAUCCACACACCCCAGAUCUCCAAAGCAAGAUUAAGCACCAGAGCAGUGGGACGGAUAUGAAUUCGACAACUAGCAACAGUAUCCCGCUCGACCUCGUCGAUUCUCCCGGGCUAUUUCCAUCUUUCAAGGAUGUCGAGAAAGAAAAGGUGAAGAAUCAUGGUAUAGACGAAGUGUCUCGGAUGCUUGAUGAAAUGAUUCAAGAUCGUGCUAAAAAUGACCAUUCAGGCAAAGGCUCUCGGGAGAAAAUCAAUCUUCCUACCGAUAGCUCACGAGAAUCACCAGCAGAAGCCAAUGUCGCGGACCUAAAUACGGGUCUGGCCACGACUGUUACAAUUGUGGAAAAUAAUGACAAUGAUACCCACUCAAAUUAAGCGGGUCGCCCACAGAUUUAUGAUGCAUUGUCUUGUUUCAAGUUCUCCGUUACGGGUUUUAGUAACGAGACUACUGAGUUUUAUUGCGGAUCGUUUUAUAUGGUGUUUUGAUUUUUUGAUACCCAGACAUGCCUUUCCUGCUUGAAGUAGCCUGUGAAUAGAGGCUCUCAUUUUAUUAUGCCGAAAGAAAUCAUCAGUGUAAAUAAUAGUGUCUUCGGUUUCAAUUAGGCGGCCAAAGCAGCUGCAGAUUUCUUCUACGUCUUUUGCAAUGUGUCUAUUAUCAUCACGACUGCUGCAAGAGCAAAAAUAAUGUCUGUCUCGACUCUCUACACAAGUCCAGCUGUUUAAAGAGCAUCGUCAAGCUAAUAAUACGAG